GCAAUAGCUGUGUUAGACCGAUUAGAAGCAGAUUAUGUAUACCCAUCAGCUUCAGCUAUAUGAAGUCCAGUUUGAGAUUCUCAAAUGUGAGGAGCUACUACUUACAGCUCAGCUAGAGAGCAUCAAACGCCAGAUGUCAGAGAAAAGAGAUGAAGUUGUCUAUUAUGAUACAUAUGAAAGCAUGGAGGCAAUGCUUGCAACUGAAGAUAUGGCAGCUUCUAUCCAUUUACAAAGAGAAGAACUGCAUAAACUUCAGCAGAAAGUUCGGCAGCUUGAAGCAAAACGUGGCCGAAUUUCAGCCAAGAAAGCCUACCUCAGAAACAAAAAGGAGAUCUGUAUUGCCAAGCAUACAGAGAAGAUACAGCAACGACUUCAUAGUGAUGAGGAAUAUAGUGCACACCAUGCUGCACAGCUAAAACGUGACCAACAGCAAGAUGAAGAAGAACAAAAGAGCACUUGGGUUAGUCAGGAGCGACAGAAGACCUUGGAUAGACUCCGCACAUUUAAACAGCGUCAUCCUGGGCAAGUGAUACUGAAGUCUACACGAUUGCGUUUGACUCCUGGCAGAAGGAAACCCACAGCAAGAACUACCCCCAACCUUGAUGAACCACAUUCCCUAUCUGUCAGUAUUCAGACACAAGGGAUACCUGAUGUGGAAACACUAGAAGUGUUACAGCCAUUGGAUGUUUCUAAAAUCCAUAAACAACCACAGCUUGAAGAGAAUUCCUUACCUCCUGAUGCAGUUAGCUCUCAGCUUCCUGAAACAGCUUCUCUUCCCACCUUCACAAGUGAAAAACUAGAACUUGAUACUGUACAACCCCAGUCUCUGCCUGUGUCCUGUGCUCCACCUCCCCCUCCACCGCCACCACCUCCGCCUCCACCUUCCUUAAAAGAGGAGACAGAACCUUUAGAUGUCAGAGUUAUACACGUCAAGAAGGAGCCGGAGGACACUGCACCUCCAACAUCUGCAGGCGCCCCCUUAUCCCAGUUAUUUGACAGCAGUCAACUUGUCAGUGCCAGAAAAAAGUUGAAGAAAACUGGAGCUCUAGAAGGCCUGCAGCAAAGAAGAGUGAGCUCACCAAUGGAUGAAGUUUUAGCUUCCCUAAAACGUGGAAGUUUUCAUCUGAAAAAAGUGGAGCAAAGGACACUGGCACCUUUCCCUGAUGAGGAUGACAGCAAUAAUAUAUUGGCACAAAUCCGGAAGGGGGUGAAAUUGAAGAAGGUCCAAAAUGUUUUAAGAGAAUCUUUCACACUUUUGAAUGACACAGACCCGCUGACACGCAGCAUUCAUGAGGCACUUAGACGGAUUAAAGAGGCUUCACCUGAAUCAGAGGAUGAAGAAGAGAAUUUGCCUUGCACAGACUGGGAAAAUUAA